UUGUUAUCCAAUGAGCACGACACAGCAGUCACAUCACCACCCCGGUGGUGGCAAGGCAAAAAAAGCCGAGGCCUCGAGUGAGAUUUUGGACCCCAGCCAUGGGAUUGUGAACUCGCAGAAAAAAGCCAAUCCUACUACCGGUACUUGUAGGCAGACGGGUCAAUCCCAUCGUAGUAGUUCGCCACGAGACAUUGUCCAACGGACAAGAGAAGUUCCGAUCGCGAAGAAAAACGAGCUUGGUGGAGACCAGCAAUUGAAAAUGAAGAGUUCCCUGCCAAAGCGCCAGCAACUCCCAUCUCUAAGACAAAGCAACGAAUCAUUCAUCAGUGAAGAACUUUUGGAAACUAUCAUUGGAGCGCCCAGAGCAGCCAAGCCUUCGGAAAAAGAAAAGCUGCCGAAGACCACAUUUGCUGGGGCGUUAAAGGAAAAGAAGUCUGGUACUAUUGGCAUGGAAAAGCAGGAGAUGCAAACCAUGAAUACAGAAAAGAUCAAAGUUUCAUCGUCAAAGGCAAUGCACUCCUCAAAAUGGUGUUCCAAAAAAGUGCAAAAGAAGAAUCUCAAGCCAAAGCGCCAGCAACACCCGUCACUAAGACAAAGCAACGAAUCAUUCAUCAGUGAAGAACUUUUGGAAACUAUCAUUGGAGCACCCAGAGCAGCCAAGGCUCCACCAGAAAAAUCUGACGGAAAAUCUUCCAACAAGAUGCUGUUGAAGACCUCCGAUGGUGCGGAUGAAGGACAUACCGAAACUGAAACCAGUUGCAUGUCAAGUCAAGAGCAGAAUCGGGAGAGUCUUCCCGGUGCCUUCAAAGAAUACCUGUCCGCUCCUACUGUGGCGGCAGGGGCUCAUUUCUCAGAGUACUUUGGUUUGGACUGCUCGAAGUCCUUUACUCAAUCCUUUACAGGUGAUGCCCAUGACAAAGGAAAGGGAGCGCCAACAGAAUACAUGAUGCCUAGCGUACUUCCCUUUGAUGCAGUCUUGGUGCCAAGUAGUUGUGAUGAAAGCAGUGAUAGUGGGAGGUCAAGCAGCGAUGGAGAUGGAUGGAUUCAUGCUGUGUGCAAUUCCUCUCAUCACGGAGAAUCGGGCUAUGAUGUGGAAAAGAACCGACCCCAGCUACCACCAAUGCUUCCCGAGCAUUCAGUGAGGACGCUGUUGAAAGACGAGGAUGACGAAAAUGGCAUCACGAACAAGAGAACUCUUCUAGGAGUUGGCUUGUUGAUGGUUGCCUUGAUCGUUGUUCUUGCUGUAUUGCUCCCGAUCUUUGCCGCCUCGUCGUCAUCAUCGGGCGGGGCAAGCAACACUGCAUGGCAAGCGCAGGACACUGAAAACAAAAGCAUUUCUGGUUCCCCCAUGACUUCACUGACAACACUGCAGAAAAUUCGAAUCGAUGGGAUCCUCAAAUGCACUGUUGGAUGGGAGGGGGAAGCUGGGGCCGCGACAACGUUUGAAGGACCCCUGACAAGGUUUGAAGAGCACUUGUGCCUUGCAAUUGGCGCUGCCUUGAAUGUCACCGUGGAAUUUGUGCGCACAUCUGGCAAUGUCGACCGUUUUGCGGUUCUGGCCAACAAGACGGUGGAUAUUGCCUCGAGAGUGGUCACCCAUACCAUGCAGCGUCAAUUUCAAGAACCGACAUCUCAGAGAGCGUUCGCCUUUACAGUCCCCUACUUGUACUCGGGAAUGCAAGCUGGCGGUGAUCCUACCAUGGUGUUCAACUGUGCCGAGAAAGACUUUCUCCAUACUUCUGGCGGCUGUGAAGAACUGAGAGUGUGUGUCAUGAAAAGUACAUCGCACUUGAGAGUGUUGAAAUCGAUGCUACCGGUCCGAAGGAUGCAUCUGGUUCUAAAUGAAGCUGAAAUGUUUGAAGCUUUCAUGGGCGGCCUUUGUAACGUCAUGGCUCACGAAGGCCAUAUUCUUGCAGAAACGGUUGUUCGUCAGGCAGGAUACACGGGUGACUAUGUCAUUGGCGAUACUCUCUUUACGAAAGAGCCACUAGCAUUGGUCAUGCGCAACGAUGAUGCUGAGUUCUCUGAUUUCGUCAACGCCAUCCUCAUGAGUCUCAUGGUUGCGGAGCUCCACAGCACUACCGUGUUCCCCACGACCAUUUCGAAUGUCUAUCCUUUGGAGGACGGGGCGUUGAACUAUCAAGAUGCCUUUCGAGCUGCCGUCGGAGUGGGUGGUAACUAUGGGGAGCUAUUUGAUCGUAUCUUGGCUCCAUACCUUCAACGGCAAGUAGUCAACCAAGUCAGAACUUUUUCCAAAGAUGUCGGAGAUAACGGCACCGGGCUGCUUUAUGCACACCCCUUCGGGUUGCUGGAUGUCCCUCCGGACAACAUCACUUAUGGUCCAACCUUGACAACCGUACUGAGACGAGGGUAUCUCCGAUGUGGCGUUAUUGCUCAAGAGCAACCCGGCCUUGCUUGGUGGGACGACGACGACAACAACACAGUAUCUUCGUAUGUUGGGAUGGAUACUGAUUACUGCAAAGCCAUGGCAGCAAGCCUCUUUCAUGGUGCAUAUGAUAGCUUGGAGUUUGUUCGGUUGACGAACAUCAGUGAUGGUGCUGUCCGACUUCACCGACAAGAGGUGGAUGUAGUUGCAGGGGCUGCAUGGACGUUGGAAACCGACGUUCGAGAACCAACAACAGGUAUCGGCUAUUCAUUCUCACAGCCCUACUUUUUCAGCAGCAACGGUGAAGGCAAUGAUUCGGGUGCAUUUUGUCUCAUGACGCGACAAGAUGACCAUGAAUGGGCAUCUUUGGCGUAUUGGACGGUUGCUGCUACUGUUUUUGCAGAAGAAGAAGGAAUCACUUCAGCUGUCUCCAUUGGGAUGCCUGAAGUUUUGCUCUUUGGGGAACGAUUCAAACGGUUGUUUCGAGAUGUGAUUCUCUCAGUGGGGAACUAUGGAGAAAUCUACGAGCGCAAUAUGGAGGCGUUCCUUCCAAGACAAUCUCCAAACACACUGAACAAGAGUCCCAACCAGGGGCCCCAGCAUUUCCCAGCACCUGGCUUUCUUUCGUUGUUGUGAAUAUAACACAAGCAUAAGAUUAUCUAAUGUACGGUAUUUUUCAAAA